AUGGUUUGUUCACAGUUAAUGUACAUUGACCGAAAAUAUUCAUCCGUACUGCCUUCACAAGAAGAUCUGUUGUCGCUAUUGGAGGUGCAAGGUGAUGUUGUUGCAAAGUAUGGACUCUUUACCGAAAUAGCGGAUAAUACUCAUCAACAACUGCCUUCAACCGAGGAAGAGUUAUUCCACUUUAUGGAGAAUGCGGCCCGGAAAGCAGUUAUCUAUCUCACCAUAGAUAGUGAAGAUAAAGCUCAUAACAUCUCAUUGGCAUACGCUGCAGUUGUUGUACCAGUGAUCAACUUGCUAUACGAAACGCGUUGGGAGUGUACUCCUCGUUCCGAUAGUGAGGAUAAGGAUAUUGCGUGGUAUUGGGCGUCAUCGAGCGAUUGUUCUGGGAUGAAAUUGGAGGCAGUGGAUAGAUGGACAAGCAGAUUCCAUGCGGAGACUCCACUGGAGUUCUUGGCGCAUAUUCAUGAAUAUAUACAGAAGAAUUCACCAGAAUGGCAAGAUACUAUGUUCAAUGGGAGGUGUGCAUUUUUUGAGCUGUACCCAUUUCUCAUUGGUGGAUUUGAAUAUGUACGUUAUUCAAAUGUUCACAUACUUUAGUG